AUGCUUCUAUCCAUUGUCGGUCAACUACUACAGGAGAUUUCGAAUCGGAGCUUCCCCGACGAGGUUAUAAAUCUAUAUCACAAUUCCAAGGCAAUUGGAAGAUCUCCGGAUAUCAAGGCUCUGAAAUCGGCAAUUUCGCAGAUGAUAAAACUUUCCAAAAAGACAUUCAUCAUUCUCGACGCCUUGGAUGAAUUUCCCAAGGACACACGGGGGAGCCUCCUAUCUUGGAUCGACCAGCUUGUUGCAGAUCAUAAUCCGGGAUCGCUUUCCAUUCUUGUCACUAGUCGCCCCGAGGCUGACAUAGUGAGGGUCCUAGAACCACUUACGACUUUCACAAUAUCGCUACAAUCCGAUACUAUCGAUGCAGAUAUCCGGUCAUAUAUACACAACUCCCUUGACUAUAAGGAUGGUUUCAAGAAGUUUACCAACGAGAUCAAAAGCGAGAUAGAGGACACACUCAUCGCUCGUUCACAGGGAAUGUAUGUUGUACUCCACUUUUAAAUUAUGAACUUACGCUUAUGCAAAGUCGGACGUGUUAAGGUUCCGAUGGGUGGUCUGUCUCUUACGGAUCCUGGAAGAUUGCAUUGCGCCAAAAGAUGUGAGAGCUGCAUUGAGGAAGCUCCCGAAAGACUUAGAUUCUGUCUACCAGAGGAUCCUGGAGAGUAUUCCCGAGGCGCAGAGGGAAUACGUUCAGCGAGCGAUGCAUUGGUUAACAUUUUCGGCGGAACCAUUGACAUUGGGUCAGCUUGCGGAGGCUGUCCAGAUUGAGUAUGAUGUCGAUCAAUAUGGCGAGGAUCCAGAACCUCUUUUCGAAAUGGAAUCCCUCAUGAGCAUCUGCCCAAGCCUUAUUUCUUUCGAAGACUCUAGGGAGGAUGGGUCGCAGCCCAGGGAGGGCCGCCAAUUACGGCUAGCGCAUUUCUCGGUAAAGGAAUAUUUGAUCUCCGACCGGGCAGCUCAGGGCCCCAGUGCCUACUAUCGUAUUUCCGAGGAUGAAGCCAAUUUACUAAUGGGGCAUGCUUGCCUCAGUCGAAUACUGCAACAUAGUGCACAUGGUACUAUAUGUGGAAACAAAGUCGAAAACACGUCGUUCCUCUACCACAGCGCUUCCUAUUGGUUCGUGUAUAUUCGCUCGAUUGAGGAUAUA